UGUGGCUGGAGAGUUCGUAACGGAAAGUUGAUAUUGUUUUCGCGAAAAAUAUACUUCAUGUGGCGCCGAUGGCACGGCAAUCAGUUGCAAACUGAACUCAGACGCGGUGAUACACGCAUUUUUGGUCACAUUGUCACGGAAGUGCCUCACUAAUUCAAUUUAAAUAUCACUUUUGAGUAACUCCUGAACACCCUUUGAAUUUCCUUCAGUGGGACGCCUUCAAAUUCCUUAAUCUUUAGCAAAUAGUGUAAAGAAACCAGGAGUGAAACGCUGUGAGAAAUUGAACUGUGGCGGUUUUUUUUUGCCUUAAUCAACUGGUUGAAGUGAAAGAAGUGCACCGUGAUAUUGGAAAAAAGAGUGAAAUUGAUCAAAUGACUUGAAAACAUCUGCACAAGAGUUGAGAGUUGUUUUCACAAGGCAUCUUAGUACAGCUGUCCCAGGAAUUAAACUCUGAAAAAACGACAGAUCUUUACACAGACUUCAUCGAAAUGCUGCAAGUUCAGGUUUUAACUUAUAACGACUGUGCGCAUACCUUCGAAACGUCAACAACGAAGAGGCGGUAUUCCAUUGAACCACUGUGUAAGUUGGACUGAAAGUGAGAAAUUGCUAGGACACAUUAAUGUGGAUGUAAAGUGACUUUUGCACCUGCAGCCAAAGUGCUGGCCACACUUGAAGAACUGCUUGGAGUGCAAAUGGUGCAUCUGAUAAGCGCAACCUCAAUAUCACUGCUUCUGAAUUGAUCGGUGGCAAGGCAGGUGGAAACGUCAGGGUCGACUCAUUCUUCCAUGUGACUUAAGACCGUACGAAGAUCUCUAAAGGAAUCAUGUUGGAUCGUGAGCCUGUACAAAUUGACAAUGACAAGUGUCGAAGGGAGCGUGAGGUGCGCCUGUCCGGGUCACGAAUUGAUCUCGCCGCCCUUUGCGGUGGCCCCAGAAGUGGACGGAAUGGCACAAUGGACGCCUUGGGGAAUGCCCUGCCGCCUCUCAGUCCGCAGAGCAACAACAACCCUUCACCCACGGAUCACUUGGAGCCAAAAUCUAUUCCAAUGACACCCUCAGAGGUGCUGGAAUUGUACAAUAGCCGAUUGACAGAGUAUGAACGACAGGAAGUGGAGAAAUAUCCGGAAAUUUGGUAUCUCGGACUGGAUGCAUGUAAAAUCAAUGCGAAACCAGGAACUGCACUGAAUUGCGGAUACGAUUACGAUAAUGGAAGUUACAAUAAGGUGGUGCACGAUCACAUUUGCUAUCGCUACGAGAUCCUGGAGGUGAUCGGAAAGGGGAGCUUUGGUCAGGUGAUUCGUGCGCUAGACCACAAAACCAAUCAGCACGUAGCCAUCAAGAUAAUAAGGAACAAGAAGAGAUUUCAUCAUCAAGCGCUGGUGGAAGUGAAGAUUCUCGAUGAAUUGCGCAAGAAAGACAAGGACGGAUCUCACAAUGUUAUUCACAUGCUGGACUACUUCUAUUUUCGAAAUCACCUCUGUAUCAGCUUUGAAUUGAUGAGCCUGAAUUUGUAUGAAUUAAUAAAGAAGAACAAUUAUCAAGGAUUCAGUUUGAGCUUGAUAAGGCGGUUCUGCAACUCAAUUAUCAAGUGCCUGAGGCUGCUGUACCAGGAGAAUAUAAUUCAUUGUGACUUGAAGCCGGAGAAUGUAUUACUAAAGCAACGAGGAAGCAGCUCAAUCAAGGUGAUUGACUUUGGAAGCUCAUGCUAUGCACAUCGAAAGGUUUACACGUACAUUCAGUCGCGCUUCUACAGAUCACCUGAAGUUAUUCUAGGCUUGCCGUAUGGCACACCGAUUGAUAUGUGGAGUCUGGGCUGUAUCCUGGCUGAACUAUACACGGGUUAUCCGCUAUUCCCUGGCGAGAAUGAAGCUGAGCAGCUGGCAUGUAUUAUGGAGGUUUUGGGAGUUCCUCCGGAGGAUUUGAUUAAUCAGGCCACGCGAAAGCGUCUCUUCUUCGACUCGCGUGGAAGUCCAAGGAGUGUUAUUAAUUCCAAGGGAAGGAAGAGGAAGCCCGGCUCAAAGACUCUGGCUUCUGCCCUUCGGUGUAGUGACAGUUUGUUCAUUGAUUUUGUCAGUCGAUGUCUUGAGUGGGAUUUCACCAAGAGGAUGACUCCUGAGGAGGCGGCCAGGCACGAGUGGUUGCAGCCCAGUGGAUCGUCCUCGUACAAUCACUCCAAGGCCAUGAAUCGCGAACAGCACUCGCAAGACACGGACACCAGCGUGAGUGACAACCAGCCGACCGCUGUGGUGACGCAAACCUUCCAGCAGCCGAAGUACCAGAGGACUCUUCCGCAGACGCCCAACACGACUCUGCCGGAGAUCAAGACGUCGUCCACAAGAAAUGUGCCCAAGACACUGCGGGAGAGGUCUAAAGGGCUCACGUCGUCCACAAGUGAUCUCGACAGUGCAACUGCGGCCACCCAGGCGCACGGUCAGUAUUCUCUACAUCGGCUGUAUCACGCCCGCAAGUCCACCACGAAUGCCACGCAGGGCAGUGCCAAGUACAAUGGUGGGAUGUCCCACUCUCAGAGCACGGGUGACGUUACAGCAAUGUUCGGGCGUGCCUGACCAGGCUACGGGCCGAGCCUGGCCAAGACUAAGAUUGACAGUGGGCGCAAGCUAGUCAGCAUCAUGGACAAUCGCGAGGAGUGGUAAUAGUGAUAGGCGAGAUAAUUACCAAACAUGAAAGAUACUGAUCAAAAUAGGUAGACGUAGAGUAUUUGCAAGGAAGGUAGUUAAUUGAAAAUAUUAUGCAUAUGAUUAGAUGUAUGGAGAGUGACGUUUUGAGAAGCUAGAAAAGCAAUUAAUUGGCUUAAUCAGACCGUCACAGUGUAAAUACCGAGUGUACAUAAUACUUGAUGUAUUCCUCAAGACUGGUGUUCUUUCUCCGAGACCCUCAUGCAACAGACAUACAUACAAAGAAAUUAUUUCGUGUAAUAAAUAAUACAGAAGUAGAAAAAAUUGACUAAAACUCCUUAGAUAAAGAAAUAUUACGUUAUAUUUAAUGUGUCUUGUAACAAUGUAUUCAAAUUGCAUGGCGCAACUUUGUCAUUAAGAGGACAAAAGCAUCAGAUUUCAAUAAGUAGAAAUGACAAUGAAAGUAGAAUGUUGCGAGUGGAAUAAAUUCUAAUAAGAGCCACAGAAGGAUUUGCAGGAAUUGCUUUCUCAGAGACUUGUUAUCAUUGUAAUAAUGAGAAUUUUCUGUGGUGCUACUCGAGAUCCAUGAGUUGGACAAGUAAUUUUUGUAUACUCUAGUGACAAAAGGAAAACAAAUGUUCAGGAACUUGUAGAAGUAUAUAAACAAAUCAUGUAGUAUAUCAAUUUUUUGGCAGAAAGUUAAAACUAUUCAAUGCUAUCAAACUGUGAUAUUUAAGGAAAACCUCUCGGAUAAACAUCUCUUAUUGGUAGUCAACUUUAGGAUCCCUAUUUUUUAUUUAUCUUUCUAUGUUUAAUUUCCUUCUCCACACUUUGUGUUCACUUCUCUUGUUCAUCUCUUCACAAAUUUUUCAACACGCAAAUUAACGCGCAUAAUUAACAUUAAAGUGUACAGAAGAGCAGGGCAGUUUAGUGCAAUUUCCUCUUGAUUAUAACCUGCUUUUUUUCUCCAAUAACUUUAUUGAGGUAGAACGUUCAAACAAUGAUCAUAUCUCUAUCUUCUCGGUUCAGAAAGAGACGCUAAAAUGUUCUUUUUUAUCUUAUUGAAAAGAUACUAUUUGAAGAACAGUUUCCAUUACUCUUUUUGGAAGUCUUAUAAGACUAAGACAUCCAGUGGAAAUUUUCAGUAUGACCAAUGAAAUCCCUUCACGAAAAAACUUGUAAUGAAAUUUCUAUAGAAUUACCUACAGUAUAAUGGAAUUUUAUUGAGAAAAGUCCACCCGCUUGAAAAUCAUUCUUUAUGGGGUAUGAAAAAUUUGUCACAGUUUCAAUAUAUAGAUAUAGCUGAAAGUCGUCAUUGCUGUUGUUUGCGAUACAUUUUAAAAUAUAAUCUUCUCGAAACGCCAAUAUUGUAUUCAGUUUCAUUGGACUAUGUAAAUUCCAUUAAAAUGUAUUCAAAUAUAUUUCAUUUAAAUGGCUAAAAAUGGAAGAGAUACAUAGAACCAAAAAAAUGAUAUUAAUUCUUAAAACUACAUAUAUAACAUAGAAAUUAAUCUCUAAAUGUAUAAAAGAACUUUUUCAUUUUCUGAAAUAAUAAAAAGAAAAAUUGUAUUAUUGAUAUUAAAGUAUCAUACAGUAAAUAAUUUUACACGUAAUGAAAUAUUUAUUAUUUAUUGAAAUUAAAACAAUUGAAAUUGCUGGAAGAAAGUUUUCUGAACUAAUCUUGUCUUCAAUUAAUGUCACAUUUCAAUAUAUUGGUUCCCUGUUCAACGAAGACCGUAUGAAAAAUAACCGAUACAAGUUCUCUAAUUAUAUAAAUUGUAUGUAUGUGUCCUGUGCAAAAAACUGAUUUAAAUAUAUAGUUAAAUGAAAAGAAAAAUGUAGAAAUUGUGGUUGAAAAUGAAUUUUCAUCGCAUGUAGAAUUGCAUAUAACAUUAUAUAUUGUAGAUAACGUAGUGAAAACCAAUAUUUCCAUAAAAAAAAAUUGAAGACCAUUAUUAUACCAAUUUAUUGACAACUCCUAAUAAUAAACAUAUACAUAACAUCAGAAAAAGUUUGAUGAGAAUUAAAAUUGAAGCAUGUACCCAAAGUGGAUGAAUAUAAUCUUUGCUGAAAAGAAAGUAAAAUGUAAUAAAAAGAGUUUUAGAAUGAUUUAA